AUGGAAGAAGGUCUCCAACAAAGAAUUACCAAGGUGAGAAGGCGUUUGUGGGAAGGAAGGGCAGAAAGGAAGAGCCUAUGCAUUAGUCCGGUGAUGCAUCGGGUGAGUAAGUUCAAAUAUAAGUCGAAAGAGUUUUGGAAAGAGAAUUCAUUCUUGCCGAAAAAUUUACAAUUUGUGAAGUGUUUGUAUCAGAGCAAUGUGGAUUUGGCUGUAGAGAAAUUUCGGGGGUUUCAGAUUCACAAUCCGACGGUAUUUUUGAAAUGGGUGGAGGAGGUAGUAAUCAUAUCUAGGCAGGGUAUGUUUCAAUGGGAUGCAAAGUGGAUAAAUCCAGUGAUUUUGCUGUCUCGAGGUUGGAAGGUGGUUGAGGUGCAAGAAUGUGUGAUCACGUUGAGGUGCGCUUGUUGCUGUAAAAGUUGGUUGAUUGAGUUGUCAGAUGCUGCACAUGAAGGUGGUAUUUUGGAGCUGUAUAACAAGCGAAUACAGAAGGAGCAUGGUGCAAAAUGCCCAUGGUUGACAUCUGCUGUUGAUAUUGAACAGUACUAUAAGUUACAUAAGAAUAAUGUGAGUGUGGACAUUCAACGGAUCGCAGAUGCGUUGCGGUCGUCAAGUACGCUGCCUCUGCCCAAUAAUAUUGUAAUUACCGAAGACAUAAAGGAAAUUGCUAAACUAUUCAACGCUGAUUCCAGGCAGCUUGGUCUUUUGCACAUCUUUGUGAAGGGUUAUCAAAUUAUAUCGGAUCAAAUUAUAGAAUGUACUAGAUGUUUCCAUCGAUCCCCUCUUCAGUCUUUAGUUGAUGAUAUCAAUUACCACGGACAUACUACAUGGUGCAGGUAUGCGGAGAAAAAUCGACUCAAGACUCUGUUAUUGGAGCUGCCUAAGAGUGGAGAACUACUGCCAGUGGGGACACUUUCCGAUAGACUGAUGCGGUUGGAAAAACAUCUGUCUAUUUUUUAA